UUCAGUGGACAAAAGGGGAAGAAAAUGAACAAAUCCGUGAACAGUGUUAAAAGCAAAAAUUAAACCAUACUGUGGGAGAAGAUAACUGAAACACAUGCAAGAAAGCAUUUAUAUUCAGAAUAUUUUAUUUUAAAAGUUCCUGCAAGUCAAAAAGAAAGGGGAAAAGAAAAACAUGAUCAAUAGAAAAAUGGACAAAGGAUAAAACAAGUAACAAGAAACCUGUUCAACCUGUGAACAAGAAAUGGUUAAACGCUUUAAGAUGAGAAACACUGAUCUCUGUUUGAGCUCAGAAGGAACUGAGGUGAUUUUAGCUACAUCAAGUGAUGAGAAACAUCCACCUGAAAAUAUAAUUGAUGGGAAUCCAGAAACAUUUUGGACCACCACAGGAAUGUUCCCCCAGGAGUUCAUUAUUUAUUUUCACAAACAUGUAAGGAUUGAAAGACUUGUAAUCCAAAGUUACUUUGUGCGGACCUUGAGGAUUGAAAAGAGCACAUCUAAAGAGCCUGUUGAUUUUGAGCAGUGGAUUGAAAGAGAUCUAGUGCACACAGAUGGGCAGCUUCAAAAUGAAGAAAUUUUAGUACGUGAUGGUCAUGCCACUUAUUUGAGGUUCAUUAUUAUGUCAGCCUUUGAUCAUUUUGCAUCUGUGCAUAGUGUUUCUGCAGAGGGAGUGGCUGUCUCAGGUCUUUCUUAAUAACUAUAAAAAAAAUUAUUGCAUGAUUUUUUUAACAAUAUAUUUAAACAUGAAGUUGUCACUGGUAUACUUUAUUAAAGGGAUUUGUAUCAAUCUGCUUAAGUCUUUAUUUUCUC